AAUCUCCUUCAUCAACCCCACCAUCUGUGGAGAAAAUUUCCCAUCGAUCCUUUUAAUCAACCCUUCAUCCUUUCUUCCUUCAUUUCAAGCCGCAAAUUCUUUUCUUGUUCAGAUCUCCGCGUUGAUUGCGAAACUUUAAAGAAAUGGAAGUAUAUGCUUUUCAAAGUCUUUCACUGGUUUUCUAUAAGGAUUCGUCUUGCGUAUACUCUAGUCAGGUCAGAAAAGGUUGUCUAUUUAGACCAUCUGUAAACUACCUUUCAAGAAACCUUCCAAGAUGGACUCAUAGAAGAGAUUCGAGAUAUUUCAGCGAACGAAAGAAUACUCUCUCUUCAAGUAUGACUUACACCACUGAGAAGCUCGACCACUGGUUAUUAGAGCAGAAUGUCGAUAAAAAGUUGACUCGUUGUGUAUCAGCUGUAUUUGACGCUUGUAAGGAAAUAGCAUAUAAAAUAAGAACAGCUUCUUGUAACAAAAUUGCCUGCUUCAACGACUUUGGAGACGAACAGUUAGCAAUUGACGUACUUGCAGAUAAAGUAAUCUUUGAGAAUCUUGACAGUAGCGGAGUAGUUGGUGUUGCUUCUUCUGAAGAGGUCCCACGUGAACAAAAGUUGAAAGGAAGUGGUUUUGCUGUUGCAUUUGACCCGUUAGAUGGCUCAUCUAUUAUAGACACCAAUUUUGCUGUUGGUUCAAUAUUUGGAAUAUGGCCUGGUGACAAAUUAGUUGGAACAAAAGGUCGUGAUAUGGCUGCUGCGGCACUAGUUGUAUAUGGACCCCGUACAACAAUAAGUCUUGCACUCAAAGAUAUAGAUCAUGUCCAUGAGUUUACGUUAGUAGAUGACUUCUCUGCACGUCAUGGUCAAUGGGUACACACAAAUGAGUUUCAUUCUGUUGAAGAAGGGAAACUAUUUGCUCCAGGAAAUUUGCGAGCUAUUCAAGAUAAUCCUGGAUACAGCAGGUUACUACAGUUCUGGUUAAAUGAAAAGUAUCAGUUAAGAUAUACGGGUGGAAUGGUACCUGAUGUCAAUCAGAUAUUAGUUAAGGGAAGAGGUGUAUUUUGUAAUCCAGCUUCUGCUUCUGCAAAAGCAAAGCUAAGACUACUUUAUGAAUUGGCUCCUACAGCAUUUGUUGUUGAGAAAGCUGGAGGUAAAUCUUCCGAUGGAAAACAGUCUGUUUUAGAUAUUGUCAUUCAAUCCACUGACCAGAGGUCUCAAGUGUGUUAUGGCUCUGCUGGUGAAGUAGAGAGGUUUGAAGAAUAUGUUGGGCUUAAAACCUUGUCAGGACUUUCUGCUUAAGAGCAAAAUAGCAAUAUUUCAAAAUAGAUAGUCAAUCUAAUGGCUGCCUUAUGCUAGAACGGAAUGGCUUUCUCUACCACUGGAAUAAAGUCGUUUUCUGUUAUUCAAAUAUUCGUAACGUCUUCCUAUUUGA